GGUUUCCGGCCGCGGCGGAAAUUUCCCGCGGAGGGACUGUCCCGUGGCACCCGGAGGGGCUAAGGAGAACCUGGAUCCCCGGGAGCGGCAACGAUGGACGACCACAGCCUGGAGGAGUUCCGUCGGCGCUGGCAGGAGGAGCUGGCGCAGGCCCAGGCGCUGAGGAAGCGGCGACGGCCCGAGGCUGCCGAGCGGCGGGCGAGGAGGCCAGAGGUGGCUCCCGGGCGCGGCGAGCAGGCCUCAGGGUACCUGGCACUGGCUCAGGGCCUCCUGGAGGGCGCGGGGCGUCCCCCGGCGACGCGGGCAACUCGGGCCGAGAGGCAGGACGCGGCGAGCCGUUCCCGCUCUCCUCCAGCUCGCGAGGGCGGCGCUGGGGGCGGAGAGCAGCUGGUGGACCAGCUCAUCCGCGACCUGAAUGAAAUGGAUGAUGUGCCCUUCUUUGAUAUCCAACUGCCUUAUGAAUUGGCAAUCAAUAUAUUUCAGUAUCUGGACAGGAAAGAACUAGGAAGGUGUGCACAGGUGAGCAAGACAUGGAAGGUGAUCGCGGAAGAUGAAGUGCUGUGGUACAGGCUGUGCCAGCAGGAAGGGCACCUUCCAGAGAGCAGCAUCUCCGACUAUUCUUGUUGGAAGCUCAUCUUUCAGGAGUGCCGCGCCAAGGAACACAUGUUAAGAACCAACUGGAAGAAUCGCAAAGGUGCUGUGAGCGAGCUGGAACAUGUUCCCGACGCGGUGUUAUGUGAUGUGCAUUCUCACGAUGGCGUUGUCAUUGCUGGAUAUACAUCAGGGGACGUGAGAGUGUGGGACACCCGCACCUGGGACUACGUAGCCCCCUUUCUGGAAUCAGAGUAUGAGGAGGAUGAGUCUGGAAUGCAGCCAUAUGUCUCCUUUGUGAGGAUAAACAGCUCACUGGCGGUAGCGGCUUAUGAGGAUGGAUUUCUUAAUAUUUGGGAUCUAAGGACUGGAAAGUAUCCUAUUCACCGUUUUGAGCACGAUGCAAGAAUACAGGCAAUAGCCCUCAGCCGGGAAGAUGCAACUGUUGCCACAGCUUCUGCUUUCGAUGUUGUGAUGUUAUACACCGAUGAGGAGGGACAUGGGCACAUAACUGCAGAAUUCGAAGUUCAGAAACUGGUUGACUACCUUGAAAUAGUUCCAAAUACUGGAAGGUACCCUGUGGCAGUAGCCACUGCUGGAGAUCUGGUAUACCUGCUAAAAGCCGAAGACUCAGCCAGAACCCUCCACUACGUCUAUGGCCAGCCUGUCACGUGUCUAGAUGUCUCAGCCAACCAGGUUGCUUUUGGUGUGAAGAGUCUGGGAUGGGUGUACGAAGGAAACAAGAUCCUGGUGUAUAGCCUGGAAGCAGAACGCUGCCUCUCGAAGCUGGGUAAUUCUCUUGGUGACUUCACUUGUGUCAACCUCAGGGACAGCCCUCCCAACCUCAUGGUCAGUGGCAACAUGGACAGGAGGGUGAGGAUCCAUGACCUGCGCACAGAUAAAAUCGCCCUGUCACUCUCUGCGCACCAGCUUGGGGUCUCUGCUGUCCAGAUGGACGACUGGAAAAUCGUCAGUGGAGGCGAGGAAGGGCUGGUGUCUGUGUGGGAUUAUCGGAUGAACCAGAAGCUGUGGGAGGUGCAUUCCAGACACCCUGUGCGUCACAUCUCGUUCAACAACCACAGCCUCAUCACAGCCAACGUGCCCUACGAGAGGGUGGUGCGGAAUGCUGACCUGGAUAACUUCGCUACUCACGAGAGGCACCGGGGGCUGAUCCACGCCUAUGAGUUUGCGGUAGACCAGCUGGCCUUCCAGAGCCCUCUUCCCAUGUGCCGUUCAUCCUCUGACACCAUGGCUGGUUACAACCAUGACCUUGCGCUGGCUUUUUCCUAUGACCGUAUUUAGGGAGUCACCUCCUUCCCCAGGAACAGGGAGAAAGAUUUUAUGAAUGACAGGGGAGCUGUGCACUGGUGUCAGAUGGUGGCGGGUAAGAAAAGCAGCACCUGCGUGCCAGCGCAGGCUCCUGAAUCCCCUUCGUCUGGCUCCUCUGCCAGUUUAUUCCUCUGGAGCUGCCUGUGAAAAGCUGGAAUUUGUCAUGGCUUUGAGUACCACAUGCGGGUGACUCAAACUUAGCCUCCUUUCCCCAUGUGCCUCCACCCAGACACCCCAUCCUGCCCCCCAAGUGAUGCCAUCAUCAUUUCAUACACAACACCUGCAGGGCCUGUCUCUGACACCCACCCAGUGUAAUGCUGACAUAGCAGGACUCUUUCUUCAUAGCUUUUGCCAUGCUUUAAAAUUAUAUAUUUAUACGGUUAUUUCAUUAAUGACUAUUUUGUUUACUAUUGCAUUUAUAGUAUGUGCUACAAAGUUAAUAUUUUCUAAAUAUUCAUUGACUAAGCAGCCAUCCUCCAUAUGGGAUGGAAGGUGAUCCUAUGUAGACAAUGAGAGGAAGAACCCUGACCUUAAACCACUGAGAUAGGACAGCCCAAGAGAACUGUCCAGUUUGAUACACAGCUUCCAAAGUAUCAAAGCCAGCACUGCAGUACUCAUGUUUUUUCUAUCCACCUAACAUACCUUCAAAAUAUCAAAGCAAAACUGAUACAAGACAAAGAGAAAUAAAAUCCACCCUCACAGUGGGUGGUCAGAUCAAAUCCUUUCAAAUACCCUUAGACCAUGCACAAAAGGCCACAAAGAAAAGCUCAGAUGCACCAAGACUGAUACCACACAGGCCCAAUUCACUGACCUAAUGCAGUAUAAUCAACAAAACCAAUUCCAAACACUCUUGAAUUAGCUUGGAUUUAAAGAAUAAAAACAAACUAUAAACUCUCUAGUCCUGGCUCAUAAUGAAAGGGCUGAAUACAAAACCUGGGGUGUAAAGCCAGAAGAGACUGAGAAGAGCUGCUACUGUUUUAGUAGAAAAUAAACGAACAAGCUGCCGCCUCAGAAAGCUCCAAGAAGGUAGCAGUGAUCCUAGAGAAAGCAGAAGGAAGGAGCAAACAAGGGUACAAGCAGAUAUUAAUGAAACAGAAAACCAACAAAUAGUUAAUAUGAAGCCAAAAGCAGUUUUUUAAAGAGACAAAAUAUACAACUGUUGGUUAAGCAAAAAGGCUCCAG